CGGUACAUGCUCGCAGUUUGCAGAAGUGAAGGGUAGUAAAGAGUUGAAAGAGGACAAGUACGUAAAAGAAAAUGUCACUUUGACAAUUCAAGUAGUCGUAAAAUAUUUCCGGAUGUGGUACUUAGUGAAAUUACAAGACCGUACACAUUUUAAGCUUGGUGGCAGCUUGAGAAUCGAUCCAUAUAAGUAGAAUUAUUUGAUAUGAGCUUUGUAAGUGCAAUACGAGCGAUGGAAUUUACAAGAAAACUUAGUAUUGCAAAUGCAGUCGUUGAAUCAUCAUCCCUUGAAGCAGUGAGCUAUUUUCGGCUUACUCUCAGUGCGAAUCUUUACCAUUUGAUAUAAAACAAGAUUAUGAGAAUUAACAGCAUCAAGAUGAAUACUCCGAUUGAGGAGAAGAUAGACCAGAAGUUGAAGGUGCGGACGGGGAUGGUAGCAGUCAGCGAUGGAAAGAGCAAGCCUAUUCCAAUGCGGCUUCAAUUAUCUAUGGAAGUAUUGAAACUCCAACGUGAAGAUUUAGAGACUACGAAUCAUAAUAAACCACCACCAGAUUCAAAGGAGAGAAUGGUCCAAAUAACGCGACAAAAAAUAGGCGGUUUGGGCUUGAGUAUAAAAGGAGGAGCAGAGCAUAAACUUCCAGUGUUGAUAUCAAGAAUAUAUAAAGGCCAAGCUGCUGAUCAAUGCGGUCAACUUUUUGUUGGUGAUGCAAUUAUUAAAGUUAAUGGAGAGUACAUAACAGCGUGUAACCACGACGAUGCAGUGAAUAUUUUACGAAAUGCUGGUGAUAUUGUCGUUUUAACAGUGAAACAUUAUCGUGCAGCAAAACCAUUUCUGCAAAAAAAUGUGGAAGAUAAUGAAGAAAAACUGGACAAUGCUGCAAAUGGUGAUGUCGAAGAUGAAUGGAGUUUGCCUAAUAGACGAUCUAUCAGUCCUAAAAGUGGCCAUAGUAGACAUGGUUCUACUACAUCUACUUGUUCGGCACAAUUUAAAAAAUGGAUUGAUGUAAUUACAGUACCGUUAAUGAUGGCAUAUAUUACGAGGUAUAUAUUCGGUACAGAUAAAUUAAGAAAGAAUGCUUUUGAAGUAAGAGGAUUAAACGGAUCAAGAACUGGAAUAAUUCAUUGCGAUGAUAGUGCAAUACUUAGUCAAUGGUUGAAAUAUAUAACAGACAAUAUAACUGAUUUAACGUAUUUGCAGAUGAAGCUUUAUAAUAGAAAUUUCGGAAUUGGUGACCGCAUUGAAUACAUGGGUUGGGUAAACGAAGCUGUGAGUAAUAGCAACCAGCCCUGGAAAAGCUAUAGACCACGAUUUUUGGCUUUAAAAGGGUCUGAUUUGUUGCUCUUUCAAACACCACCCUGUAAUAUUGGAGAUUGGUCUCGUUGCGCACUGACAUUUAAAGUCUACGAGACAAUGUUUAGUGUCAUUAGGGAGUCAGAGCACAUUGAUGAACGACAGCAUUGUUUUGAGACGCAGAGUCCAGGUAAACCACCAAGAUAUAUGAGUGUUGAAACUAGACAAGAGUUGUUAAGAGUUGAAGCUGCUUGGCAUACUACUGUUUGUGCAGCUAUAAUACGCCUCAAGAGCAAAACAUUUAUGGUAAUUCACAACGGAAGAAGCUCACGACUAACUUUAGACUGUACCGAAGGAUUUAUGCUAUCUUACGAGGGGCACGAGGAUAUUGUGUGGAAAUAUAGAUAUUGUGAACUUCGAGGAUCUAGUGAUGACGGGAAAAGUAGACUGAAGUUGCAUUUUAAAGAGUUAGAAAAGUCAAUAGUCGAGACUAAGGAAAUAGAAUGCAUUCAAUUGCAGAAUCUUCUUUUUUGUAUGAAUGCAUUUGUCACUGCAAGACUUGCCAUGUUGGAUCCAGCAUUUUUAAAAUCAACAACUCUACAAACUACAAACAACCACAAUUCACGCCCAUUAGAAAAUUAAGAACGGUAUAAUAUCAUUUUUAUUUUUAUUUUAUUAUCUUUUUUCUCCAUUAUUUUUGGCCAAUAAACAUCUAGCCAUUGACUGAUAAUGCUAUUAUAAAAUAAGAUAUCGAAUAUCGCAAUUCUAUUCGUUGUAAAAUUUGGGGUUCUGCUGGUUAGAUGUUUUUUUCAAUUAUUCUAUAAUCGAAUGAUCUUUUAAUUUACAUAAUAACUUCAUUUCCUUGAGCUACUCAUUUCUAAUUGAAAACUGAGAACAUUUCAAAUUGUUCACAAUCAUUCAUAGUCUCUAGGUUUGAAAAGUAUCAUUUUACAGUCGAAUAAAUUAUGACUUUGCAUAGUUUUCGGCUAGCCGCUUUAAACAAAUUUAAAAGAAUAAGUGAUAUUUUAUUCGGUAUUGUAUAUAAGCGCCAAUCGAACCCUAAACAAUCGUACAAAUAUUUAUAAAGUUCAAGCUACUGUAAUUAUUGGUGUUAAUCUUAGAGAUAAUAUUUUAAUGAAUGAAUUAAUCUUCUUGAAUGAUAGGUUGAUCGGAAACAAUUAAUUCAUUACUCCAAUACUAAUAUAGAUAUUUUGUGUUCAUUUGAAUUACUAAUAAAUGCAGUAUCUUGAAAAUUACAAACAAUUAUCCUAUCCAAGUUAUGUAAUAGAAUACAAAAGGCCAUAGAAUUUAUGAAAAUAAAAUAAGAAGCUCUCGAUAACUUUAUUAAUUAUGUACUAUUAUAAAAUAUAAGAUGUUAUCGUACUACAAAGAAAAAAUAAUAGUAAAAACGAAAAAGAAACAAAUUUUA